CUGGAACAUCCUCGGGCGGCAGCCGGCGCGCAUGCGCAGCAGCCGCUUGGAGGCCGGACCUUGGCCUGUAUCAGUCACGGGGCGCGGCCGCAGCCCAGUGACUCUCCAGCCUGCCUUUCUGCUUUGUGACCAUCUCGUGCUCAAUAGACGGCCAGCACAAAAAGGGGUCGAUGCUGAGUGGACGCGCCUUUUAUCUCCGGAGAACCUGACUGCCUGGGGUAAGCGUGGAUUUCUCUCCCUGUCAUGGCUCUCCCCCCUCCUCCACCACAGUUUGUCCUCCGAGGAGCACAGUCAGCCGUAAAUACUCUGCAUUUCUCCUGUAGCAACAAGGCAGAUGGUCCCCCACUGCUGUUCUCUGGGUCACUCAGUGGGCUGAUACAUGUCUGGAAUCUGCAGACCCGAAGAGCGGAUGCCAUCCUGGAUGGCCACGCGGGGCAGUCUGUGUAUUGGGUGAAGACCCUGGGGGAUCAGAACUUGCUCCUCAGCCAAGGACGAGACUUAAAGCUGUGCCUGUGGGACCUUGCAGAGGGCAGGAAUGCUCCGGUGGAUUCCCUGUCUCUGGACAGUGUAGGCUUUUGCAAAGGAUCCGUCCUCUCCGAAGGGACCCAAGGAAGCUGGCUCCUGGCAGUGCCGGGGAAGGGCAUGGAUGAGGUUCAGGUUUUGGACAUGCCGUCCAAGACGUCAGUCUGUACCUUGAAGCCAGCGGCCGGUGCCAAGGCGGGCAUGCCCAUGUGCCUGGAGCUGUGGAAGCCCGCCUGCGGCCCCCGCCCGCUCCUCCUGGCCGGGUACGAGGACGGCUCGCUGAUGCUGUGGAACGUCGCCGAGAGGAGAGCGCUGAGCCGCCUUUCCUGCCACCAGGAGCCAGUCAUGAGCCUGGGCUUUGACCCGAGGAAGGCCAAGGGGCUGUCGGGCUCCUCGGAGAAGGCGCUCCGCGUCUGGAGCCUGGAUGAGCAGCAGAACCUGAAGGUUUGCAGAACGCAGGAGCUCACCAAUCCUGGAAUAGCGGACGUCGCCAUCCGGCCAGACGGGAAGAUCGUGGCGACAGCGGGCUGGGAUCAUCGCAUUAGGCUGUUUGGCUGGAAGCAGCUGAAGCCCCUGGCAGUCCUGGACUACCACAGCGCAGCUGUUCAUUGUGUGGCCUUCUCUGAUCCGGGCCGGCCGAGCGAGCAGCUGCUGGCCGGUGGCUCCAAGGACCAGCGCAUCAGCGUGUGGUCAGUGUAUAACCAGCCCUGAGAAGAGUCUCUUGUCGGCCCUCCCUUAGUCAGUGACUCCACAGGGGCCUCCAGGGGCAGCGAUGGACAAGGCUGGACUUGGUUUGGCAGGAUUGGGGGGAAUUCAGCCUCAACCACUUACUUUUUCUCUUUAUAAAAUACUUUAUGUCCAGGUGAGGUCCCACUCACUCAGUCUGGUGGAGAAAACUCUUUUUCCCGUGUCUCAUUUCCAAAAUACGAAAUUUCUAAGAAUACGAGCCAUUCCCCAUGAGUUAAAUGGUCAAAGUAGAAGGAUAAGCAGUUUCCUGAGCGACAAAGCAUCCAGGGGGAUGCUCCAAGUUACCAAUAAAGAAUUAGAAAUUAAAACAACCAUGAGCUUCCAUUUCACAUCCAUCAGUUUGGCAAAGCUGACAAAGAAGGAAAAUAAUGUAUGUUCUUGGGGCCGUGGGAAAACAGGGGCCUUCAUGGACCGCUGUUGGGGCUAUGGAUUCGUUCUCCCAUUCUGGAUAGCAAUUCCUAAAUUAGGAAAACAUUUGUUCCAAUGAUAACCGCCACUGGGCCCACACUCGGGGAGCAGAAAUGGAUCCAAAUGGACAACAAUAUCUGGAGCAGUGUCUUUUCUGGCGGCAAAGAACUAGAAAUGAGGUGCAAAGGCUCAUGGUGGAGGACUGAACAUGUGAUGGGGUGGAGCACUAUUGUGCUGGUUCCUGAGAAGCCUGGAAGGCUCAGAUGGACUGAUACAGAUGGAAGGGAGAACAGCGUACACAGCGACAGGAGCGUGGGAAAUGACGGAACGUCUCGGGGACUCCGCUGAAAUGGGUCUCGGGGCGAAAGGUGCCGCCACGUCCAGAAGAGCCGACGGACCUUUUGUGCAGCUGGUGCAUCAGCCUGUUUUACUGGCUAGUUUUUUGGUUUUUCUUUUUUUUCCUACUGGGGCAGCGGAAGUGGGAGGGCAAGGGGAUUGAUUUUUGUUAAUUGAAAAAAAAAUUAAAUUUUACAAAAAAGCAAUCUUGUUUGCUUUUCAUUUGGUUUUUCCUCGGCAGAAAAGUCUUGGGUUCCACCUUGAUUAUUCACUUCUAGGCAGAGCCAGGCUUGGGAGACUCUUCAAAAAGGAGCCUUUUGUGACUUGGCAGCCUCGGGAAGGCCUCCCCCGAGUCUCAUUUCUCUACCCAAAGGGCUGGUCUCCGUGGCGGAGCCCUCGUUGCCCAGAGAGCCUCGUCAUUGCCUCCCUAAGGAGGCUCCCUCGGGAAAUCCAAGAGCAGGUGGUCCCCUGACCCACGACAUUCUUUGGUAGCCAACUUGGGAUCGUUGUCCAGGGCAACAGCAAGAUUAUAAGAUGAUCAGUUCUGACGGACGUGGCUCUCUUCAACAGUGAGACGAUUCAGAUAGACAGCCUGGGACUGUGAACACCCUCGGAACCCCAGACUCCCAGCAUUCUCAGCUGCACGAGCUCCCUGGAACAUUUCCUCAUGGGCUAAAGCUUCCACAGCAGGCCGUGAAGCGUCCAAGCCCCUAACGGCCCCACGAGCUGGCUGCGCUUUGUGGGGGCUGCCAUCUAUACCAGGGAAGGCUCCUGGAACUAAGUGCAGUUGGAGAACCUCUGAGGGGGAGUCAGGAAGCCUGGAUUCUAGGCUCUUCUAGGGAUUUCAGAUGGAACAGUGGCCUUGGAGCAGAUCAUCCGGCUCCAGACUCAGUCCUUAUCUUUCCAAUGUGCUUGUGUACUGGCCUGUAUUUGUUCCCUGUGCUCGUGUUGUCCUCCGGCUAGACUGCAGGCUCCGUGAGCACAGGAUCAUCAUUGGUCUCUAAAACCUGUGCAGGACUUUGUAUCCCUCCCACACCGAAAGUGCGGGAGGCAGGGAGGCAGGACGGAGGCCAGAGGGCAGGGACAAUGUGCUCUAGCUUCGGGAUCCUGAAUGUUAUAGCUGGCCCCCUACCCGUGAAUGUCAGGGCUUCUCCAUAGGUCAAGGACCCCCAUCAAGAUGCACUUAGCAAAUGUUUUUAAAGGCUGUAAUCUUGUCUAAGAGUCCAUGAGAGAGCUUCCAGUUGGGACAAAAUCCUUCCCACACAGGAAGGGGAAACUCCUGCUCUUGGAGGCUCCUGGCUUAGGUGCCCACUAGUCAUGUGGGUAUAAAGGCCGAGUCUCCUCGUCUGAGUCUCAUCUGUGAAAUGGAGACUGCAACUCGCACUGCCUUUCCUCAAAGGAUUGUGAGUAACCUGGGAAGCCUAGAAAAAACAGGAGCCGGAAAAAAAUGAAAUUAAAAAUUAAAAAAAAAAAAAA